UUACGUUAUCGAUAAUGUCAUCGAUAAUAUCAUAGUAAGCAUGUGGUUCAACAUAAUAUUUUAAUUUUUGAGAAAAUUUUGAUAGAGCAAGAUAUUGCUCAAACGGGACUCGAAGACUACGACUAGCAUAUGAAAAUACGUAGAGUAUGAGAGAAAAUAUUCGUUAGUGUAAAGUUAACAACAUUUUUCUAUUUUUAAUCAUAACGGAUGACAAAAUGGUGUUUAAAAGUGAAAGAAUAGGUAUGCACCAGUAUCAGUAUACUGACAAUACUGAUACUGACGAAUAUUGACGUCGAAAAUAAUUUUUCGAAAAAUUGACAAAAUCUAUAGUAUCCAGUUUCAUUAGAAAAUUUCGCCAAUUUUAAAUGACCAAUCCAAUUGCCAAAAAUACCGAAAUAGUUGAAUCACAUGCUUACUAUGAUAUUAUCGAUGACAUUAUCGAUAACGUAAUUCGUUUUGUUGAAUCAAUGGAUUACUAGUAAUUAGUUUUACUACUCGUGUGCAAAAACUCGUCUCAAAAGAGAUAGUCUAUCUCUUUUGAGACGUAGCCAACUGUAGUUUUUAACUUGGAUGGAUCCUGAAUCAGUAAUAUUUAUGAAAAAAAAAGCUUUUAAACAGAUAUUAAUAUAGACAUAUGUUUCUAAACCUUUUUAAAAUAAAGAGACAAAUAAUGACUUUCAAGUCGGUAAACUUAAAAGUAAAUCUCAUAGACUGGAUGGUCAACUCGACUUUUGAUUUAUGAUCGUCUACCGUAUGAGCUUAUCAACAAACUUGAAUCGGCGUGUACGAAUGCCUAAGUAAUUAUGAUAAACAUGACAAAAUAUUAGGGUUCAUUGAAGGUUAACACAUUUUACAGAAGAACAGAUAGGUUGGUUUUUGCAUUGUGCGAGAUUUUACACAAGUAAGUACUGCUAAGAAAUGUUAAACAAUCGAAUAUAUUGUAUGUUUUAUAUUUAGGUAUUCGAUGCCUAUGCACAAUCUGAAGAGGGUUUAAUUAGUGCACUGAUAAAGAGAUUCAAUGAAGCAAAGUUGACAGAGGAUGUACCAGUAACGAUUCUAAGUCGUCUGAAAUUUUUUGAAAUUCAUCUGUCUGAUCCAUACAAUACUGCUGAUAAUCGGAAACCAAAAGUGGAAAUGGGUACUCUCGAAUUAUUUUAG